AUGGACAAGCUGAUCACGGCCAUACAGACGACCGAUGUCAACAGCGAGAAGGACUUGAAGAACCUCAGGUCUACUCUGCAGAAGGCCGAGGAAGUGCUUUUCAAGCACCUGCCCCACUUGGACGAGGCCCUUUCCAUCCUUGAUCCUAAGAUUCACACCCUUGGAUGGAUGUACAUUUUGGCGGUGAAAUCGAUCGCAGGUGCCGUUGACCCUGCUCGCUACGUCGCGCAGAAGUUCGCUGAGAUCCAUCAAGAGCAGAAGACGCCGCUUGCCGCCAUCAAGUUGCUCAAGAUUGCCAUCACCAAGUUGCGCCCCAACUCGGAGAGCCUCACCCCUCUUCAUGCCGACUUCCUUCAGACGUGCCUCCUUGCCAAGGACUACCGCGCCGCCCUUCCUGUCCUGUCCGACGAAGUGCUUGCCCUCGCCAACCCCGAGAGCUACAACCUCAAGGCCAGGGACGUCCUCCGCUUCUUCUACUAUGGCGGCAUGAUCUACACUGGCGUCAAGAACUUUGGCAAGGCGCUCGAGUUCUUCAAGAUGGGUUUCACUGUGCCCGCUAUCGUGCUGAGCGCGGUGAUGGCCGAGUGCUACAAGAAGUACGUCCUGGUGUCGCUGCUGCACCAGGGAGCGGUCAAGCCGGCACCCAAGUACACUUCGUCCAUCGUGCAGAGGAACCUCAAGGGCCUGUGCCCGCAGUACCAGGACUUUGCCAACGCCUACGCCUCCAACAACACCGACGAACUGCACAAGGUUGCCACCCAGCAUGCGGAGGUUUUCACCAAGGACAACAACUUCGGUCUGGUGAAGCAGUGCAUCCAGGACCUCUACCGCCGCAACAUCAAGCGCCAUACGCAGACUUUCUUGACGCUGUCCCUGAGCCAGAUCGCCGAGAGCGUGAAGCUCGCGUCGCCCAAGGAUGCUGAGAAGGCGAUCCUUAGGAUGGUAAUAAGCGUCUUCGGCCUCUCCCCCUGA